AUGUCUGAGAAAGAGAGCUAUACAUAUUUGGGACUAGAUCAAGCAAGGGGUAUCAAACACAAAGAUAUGAAAGAAGCUCUAAAGCAAAGAUUAACGAGCGAGUCAGACGUCUCGUCGUUGGAGAGUACAGGGACGGACUCGGAUUCAGAUGCGCCCUUAUCAAACCAUCCAACGCAAGUCCCGGAGCCUGGCUCAUCCCAGGAUCAGGGUGUACAAAAUAUACUACAAUUCCUGGGUAAUCAAGCAUCUGCUAUAAAAGGACCAGAGGUCAGUACAGACGUAGCAGCCCUGAUAUCUGAGUUUUUCCUCAAGGGAAUUGAUAAAGAAUCUCGCAAAACUACUCUGGAAUCUUAUCCCUGUUUGGCAAACUGUCCAGCCCUUCAGCCUCCAGUGAUUAACCCAGAGUUAAGAGACCUAUUCGCCCAGCCUCUACACAGAGAUUGA